GUGUCCUUUUAGUGAGAAAAUAGCGAUAGGUGUGCAGACUCAUCAAUCUGAUUAGCAAACAUAAAAGCAAGUGGGCUUAGCAAAGGUAACCGUUGACCUUUGUGUUCCUUGAAUUGAAGUGAUGGCAGAGUCAUCUAAGGAAGAGAUUGUAGUUGGUAAACCUGUCCAAGAACUGAGGCUGAAUCCUGAAAAUCUGCCAAAAAAUUACAUGUACGACGAAGGAGGGGCUGGAUUUCGUGAUGCUCUUGUGCCAUCCCAGGACGACAAUAUUCCUGUAGUCGACCUUCACCGCCUCUCAUCUCCUUCCACAGCACAACAAGAGCUUGCUAAGCUCCGCCAUGCUCUCCAUUCAUGGGGCUGCUUUCAGGUAAUAAACCAUGGAAUAGAAAGCUCAUUUCUGGACCAAGUGAGAGAUAUUGGAAAGCGAUUCUUUCAACUACCAAAGGAAGAAAAGCAAAAAUGUGCAAGGGAACCAAACAAUAUUGAAGGAUAUGGCAACGAUAUAAUAUUUUCAGAAAAUCAAAGGCUUGACUGGACUGACAGAGUAUACAUAAAGGUGCAGCCUGAAGAUCAGAGAAAGUUCCAAUUUUGGCCCCCAAACCCCAUUGAUUUCAGGAGUACUGUCCUACAGUAUACCGAAAGCAUAAAGCUUCUAAGUGAAGUAAUUCUGAAGGCCAUGGCAAAGUCACUGAACUUGGAAGAGGAUAGCUUCAUAAAUGAAUGUGGUGAGAGAGCUGUUAAGUUUCUGAGAUUCAACUACUACCCUCCAUGUCCAAUGCCUGAUCAUGUUCUCGGCCUGAAGCCACAUGCGGAUGGAUCCGUCAUAACUUUUCUGUUGCAAGACAAACAAGAAGAAGGCCUCCAAGUCCUCAAAGAUGACCAGUGGUUUAAAGUUCCAAUCGUCCCUCAUGCUCUCCUGAUUAAUGUUGGUGAUCAAAUGGAGAUACUGAGCAAUGGAAUUUUCCGGAGUCCAGUACACAGGGCAGUGAUAAAUGCAGAAAAUGAAAGACUCACAGUGGCAAUGUUCUGUACCCCAGAUCCAGAAAAAGAGAUUAAACCACUGGAUAAGCUAGUGAAUGAGUCAAGGCCAGCAUUAUACAGACCUGUGAAAAAAUAUACUGAGAUCUAUUUCCAGUAUUACCAACAAGGUAGAAGACCAAUUGAAGCUUCAAGGAUUUAACUACACAAGUUGAAUGCUUCUCCGAAUUCAAUUAAAUAAAAUCUGUGUAACUAAAUUCACGGUUGAGAUGUAUGACUAUGGAGUUUUAUUUGCAAACAGUUGAGAAGUUCA